AUGGAGGAGGUCGAGGACGAGCUUAUAUUCCAACAAACCCUGCUGGAAACUCUGGAUCCUGCCGAGAGCAACGAGCGCAGACAAGAGGUGGAACUGGCUAUCAUGGACCUCGAGAGACGCAUGGCUCAGUUCAAAGACGCUGCUCCUGCUUCAUCACAACCAGACAGCAAUCCAUCACACAAUGCGCCCGGCGCAUACCCUCAGUCCGACACUAGCGACAUGGAUCAAGAAUUCCCGACAUUCGACCCUUCGACCGCUGUCCCCACCCCGAGCAGGAACAUACAGCUCAAGAGGAGUCGCGAUCAAGUCUCGCCACUGGCCAGCUUCGACAGGAACAAGAGGCCUGCUCCCACUCCCAUGGGCCCGCCGAGUCAGCGACCACUCAGCCAGGAUCGUCGGAUGGCUUAUCUGGAGAGACAGCGUCAGAUUGAAGCAGCCGCUCGCCAGAGAAGAGAGUCUGUCGCUGCUGACGCCGACUUUGCCUCACGACUGAGCCAGCAACCCUCCUCUUCGCCCAUCGCUGGUCCGUCUCGCAACAAUCUCCAUUCGCAGCCCGACAUGUCGCCAAGUAAGAUGGCUCCAGUCUUUCGACCUCCAGGCUACAGGACCAAUCCCCCACAAUCGCAAACUCCUGCUCCAUACCCCGCUGCAGGACUUCCGCGUGUCAAGCCUGAAGUUCACUCGAGUCCUGGAUAUGGUUACGCUUCUAGAUCCGUCAAACCCGAACCUUCUCAACAUGCUACUCCUCCCGCCACCCGAUUUGGCGGUCCUAUGGUGAUUGAUCUGACUGGGGAUGAUGAGUCCGAGCCUCAACAGACCCAAGUUCAACGACUCAGGUCGAAUCCAGCCGAGGAAAUGCGCCGACGCCAUCUCUGGGAGCUGAACAAUGCUGUCAGCGCUCAACACAAGCAUGAAAUCAUGAUGCGCCAGCAACAAGAGAUUGCCUAUCGUCAGCAACAAGAGUCCGCCCGCCAAGCCGAGAUGGCUCUGCGCAACUCUGUGAAUCCGACUCGUGAGCAGAUUGAGCAGGCCAACCGUCUGCGUCUCCAGCAAUGGCAACAGCAAGUCGCUGCCGUUCAAGCUUUCAAUGCACAGAAUCCACAUCAACCUAGGCCUUUCCCAAACCACGUGUCUUAUACUCAGCCAUCUCCUUCCAUUAUACGCUCGUCCCAGCAACCUGUACCACGCGCCGCUUAUGACGAUCUUAGUCAGUUGGGUGGUCUUAUCAAUGGUCGCGGCAGAAACACAAGAUUUGACUCGCCAGACGAUGAUUUGCAGUAUCUACGAUCUACCACAGUCCAGCGAGACCCUCCCAGCUGGGAUAUUUAUGAUGUCGACAGUGCCGACACCAAAGAGGAGCUUCGUAAACUGAUGGAGAACAUUCAGCCUGACGACGCUUCCAAGUUUGCCAAUGAAGAAGACGUGCCAGUCGAAGGGCUCACCAUCAAGCUUAAGCCCUACCAAUUCGCUGGUCUGGAAUGGCUUCAGAAGAUGGAGAACGGCUCGAACAAGGGUGGCAUCCUUGCUGAUGAUAUGGGCUUGGGCAAAACUGUUCAAGCGAUCUCGCUAAUGGUCACGAAUCGUUCUGAAGACCCGGUGAACAAGACCACUCUAAUUCUCGCGCCUGUUGCUCUCCUACGUCAGUGGGAGCAGGAGAUCAUGACGAAAGUGAAGCCUGGUAGACACAGACUCCAUACGUUCAUCCACCAUGCAAGUGCCAAGAAAAAGAGCCACAAGGACUUGCGCGACUUUGACGUUGUUCUGACCACUUUCGACCCAAUGGCCCAGCCCAGAGAUGACGAGAAGUGUAUGUUCAUCGGUCCCGACUGUAGGUGGUACAGAGUCAUCAUCGAUGAAGCGCAAUGCAUCAAGAACAAGACUACCAAGACUGCAAGAGCUGCCUUCUAUCUUCAAGCUCGUUCUCGGUUCUGCAUGACAGGAACUCCUAUGAUGAACAGUGUCGAGGAGCUCUAUUCUCUCAUCCACUUCCUGCGUAUCAGACCGUAUAACAACUGGAACAACUUUAAAACCGAUUUCAAUCAGCCAUUGAAGGGCAACAAUGAAUCCGGACGUCAGAUGGCUAUGCACAAGCUGCAAGCAUUGUUGAAAGCCAUCCUUCUUCGUCGCAACAAGAAGACCGAGAUCAAUGGUCGUCCCAUCCUCAACCUGCCUGAGAGACGUGUCGAGGAGACCAACCCUGAUUUCAGCGAAGACGAGCGUAAUAUCUAUGUUGCGCUUGAGACUAGCUCUGCGGUCAAGUUCAACAAGUAUCUCAAAGCUGGCACAGUCAGCAACUCUUACAUGCAAAUUCUGGUUUUGCUGCUUCGUCUCCGACAGGCUUGUUGCCAUCCUAACCUGAUCAAGGAUCUUGGAAUCGUCGCUGCGACCGCCGAAAUCUCGCAGGAGACGAUGGACGAGAUCUGCAGGGGCCUCAACCCGAACGUUGUCACUCGUAUCAAGGAAGCAAAUGGCAUAUUUGAGUGCCCUGUUUGUUAUGAUGCCGUGGAGAACCCUGCCAUCUUCACACCUUGCGGUCACGAUACCUGCCCAGACUGCUUCUCCAGAAUUGCUGAUCCUUCCAAUGCACUGGCUGAAGGAGAUGAAGGACGGACUGCCAAGUGCCCUGAAUGUCGUGGCCCGAUCAACACCAAGAACGUCAUCGAUUACGAGUGCUUCAAGCGUAUUCACAUGCCCGAUGAAGCUGCUCUCGAUGAUGCGGCUGAUAUCAAGACCGAUGCGGACGGUGACGACAUGGCCGUUGACACCGAUGACGACUCUGAGGAUGACGAGGAAGAUGACGACGAUGAUGAGACUGAUUCCCUCGAUGGAUUCAUUGUCGAAGAUGGCCGCUCUGAAGAAGCCCGAAAAGAAGGCGAAGGCCAAGUCCGAGAUGAGCAAGAAAGCCAAGGGAAAGCUGAAGGAGUCGAGCAGUUCCGACAAGAAAAGAAGGCAGCCACUAUGACUAUCCCCGAACUGAAGAAGAUGGCCAUCAGGAAGCCGGGAUGGCGAAAGAUCUACCUCCGCAUGCUGAAGAAAGACUUUAAGCCUUCUUCCAAGAUCGAGCGCACCAUGGAAAUUCUGGACGGCAUCAUCACAGCACCCGAGGGCGAGAAGAUCAUCAUCUUUUCACAGUGGACUUCUCUUCUCGACUUGCUUGAAGUACCUGUGUCUGAGAAGGGCUGGGGCUAUCGCCGCUACGACGGAAGCAUGAACGCCAAACUCCGUGCUGAUGCUGUGGACGACUUCAAGAACAAACCCAAUGUCCGCAUGAUGCUGGUCUCGCUCAAGGCUGGAAAUGCAGGUCUGAACCUCAACUGCGCCUCUCAGGUUGUUAUCAUGGAUCCCUUCUGGAAUCCAUACAUCGAGGAACAGGCCAUCGACCGUGCUCAUCGUCUUGGACAAACAAGACCCGUCAUGGUACAUCGCGUGUUGAUCAAGGAGACUGUCGAAGACCGCAUCAUCGCCUUGCAAGAGAAGAAACGCGCUCUCAUCUCUGAAGCGCUUGACGAGAAAGCAUCACAGAGUCUGGGCAGAUUGAGUGUACAGGAACUGGCGUAUCUGUUCGGUGUCAGCAGAAACGUCAACGAUGCACUGCCCGCCGCUGCCCCGAGGGCUAGAAUUCGUCAGGGUGGUCCUGGUGGUUUGGGCGCUUGA